AUGUCCAACUGGAAGAACGUCAACAAUUGGCACUGGACCAACAAGAACUGCAUUAGCUGGGCAAGAACAUACUUCGCUGAACAGUUGGAAGGAUUGGAAGCAGAGGACAAGGGCCAUACGAUCCGGAUUAGCAAGAUGGAGGAAUGCAAUGGGGACGUUGACCUCAAUCAACGCAAGGGCAAGAUCAUUACCAUAUACGACGUUUCAUUGAAACUAAGCUUGGAAGGUGCUCUUGCGGAUGGCACGGCUGUUACUGGCAAGAUUGUGAUCCCCGAAGUUGCUCAUGAUUCGACCGAAGAUGACUAUGUGUUUGAGCUCACUAUCAACGAUGAUUCGAGUGCAAAGAGCGACAUUCGACCAGUCAUUCGAAAGGGUCUGCAGCCCUUGAUUUGCGAAAAGUUGAGCAAAUUUGCUCCUGACAUGAUUGCCACACAUGCUUCCGAUGUUUACAUUGAUCCCGCCAAGCUCAACGUUGCUGGUGCCACUGCAUAG